GCGAUUGGCCGGUGGUGUCAGCCCCGCCUUCGCCGAGGGCACAAAAGCCGCAGCGCUCAGGGCCAGAAGUAGCCGGGUGUGCCUGUUGGCCCUGCAAAGCUCGCACCCUCCCUGGUGACAACCAUGUGCCGCACCCUGAGCGCGUUCCCCGCCUCCUGCCUGGAGAGAGCCAAAGAGUUCAAGGCGCGCCUGGGCGACUUCCUUCAGGGACCGGAGCUGAGCCCCCCUGCGGGCAGCGACCCCAGGAAGCCCAGCAGAGAGAGCGGGAAGCCCUCGGAAGACACGCUGGGCUGGAGGGAGUCGUUCGACCUGCUGCUGGGCAGUAGAAAGGGAGUGGCCGCCUUCCGCGCCUUCCUCAAGACGGAGUUCAGUGAGGAGAACCUGGAGUUCUGGCUGGCCUGCGAGGACUUCAAGAAGACACGGUCGGCGGCCAAGCUGGCCUCCAGGGCCCGCAGGAUCUUCGAGGAGUUCAUUUGCACAGAGGCCCCGCGAGAGGUGAACCUUGACCAUGAGACGCGGGAGCUGACCAAGAGGAACCUGGAGGGCGCCACGGCCGCCUGUUUCGAUGUGGCGCAGGGCAAGGCGCGGACACUGAUGGAGAAAGACUCCUACCCGCGCUUCCUGCAGUCGCCCGCCUACCGGGACCUGGCCACCGGAGCCCCGCCCCGGCCUUCACACACCUGAGCCCGGGCAGCCCCCUCCCCGGGCUGCCCUCUCCCCCGCGCGGGUUCUGCAAAGCAGUGUGCAGCCAUGGCAAAGGUCGGAGAGGUCACGGCUACUGGAGCCCCCUCCUCCGAUACACGGACCCCACCCCGUGCACAGAGCCCCGGGCAUGAAGGAGGCUGUGGGCGGGGCUCUGGGGGAGCGGCUGGGAAACACAGGGUGCCCUGGGCUGCCCAGUCCUCGCCCAGUGCAGGGAAGGGGCCCUGCAGGCGGCACGCCCUCACCUGCCCUCACCGGCCUGUGGCCACCCAGGGCCUCUGCUUGGACCGCGUGUCCAGCCCCACAGGCUCCUCCAGGCCAGCGAGCAGUGUGGCCCUGACCCAGGCUGAGGACCUGACGGCCCAGAGCUCGGCCUGUGAGCCCACGGGACGGUGGUCAGCUGCUCUCGGUGGUCUCUGCGGGUGGCCCUGGGCUGUGGUGCAGCGGGGCCCUUCCCCGUGAGUGGGGCUCCCGAGGACCCCGUGGGAGCCCGUGGAAGCAGCCAGCCCUACCCACAGGCCGGCAGGGGAGUGGGGGGAGGGGCGUCCCUGGAUGUCCCGGAACCCAGCACAGGGAGGAAGAGGUGCGGGUGUUGGGGAGCCGAGGGCAGGCCCGCGGCCACCUGGGAUGGGACGCAGAUGCUGGGACGCAGUGGCACCUCGGCCUCCCCAAGCUGAUCCCUGCCCAGGAGCCCAGGCCUGGGAGCCCCUUGGUGCCCCCGGAAGUAGCCCUGUGAGUGCAGCUCGGUGCCGGCUUUGUGCCGGCGCUCAGUGUCUGUGUUGGUGGCAGCGUCUCCGUGGUCAUGGGCGCUGGGCACCCGUGUUGGUGGCAGCGCUUCUUGGCCAUGGCCUCUGCCUCUGUCCGCUGGAGAACCUCGCAGGGUGCGGCUGACCCCCCGUCCCUGCCUGUGCCUCUGAGCGCGAGGGGACUCGGAGCUGGCCAGCUCUCUGCUCACUGGCUGGCCCCAGCCGGAGCUGGUUGCCGUGGUGGGAGUGCUGUGGACACCCCGGUUUCCGUGCUUCUGUGUGCGUGUUCCUGUCACACAAACAAUAAAAUCCAUUGUGCAGCG